AGGAUACAAACGGAAUCUUUGAGUUACGGUUUGGUAUGGUUCUCAAUUCGCUUUGGGUUUUAUACCCGAAUAUGAAAAGUGAAACCAGAUUGGUUUAAAUAAAGAAAACAAAAGAGAGAGAGAGGAGAGAGAAAACCCUAAUUUCCAUAUUCUUCCAAAUUCCCAAAUUUCUCUGAUCGUCACAGAAUUGCAUUCUCGCAAUCGCUUUGUAAUCACAGUCUCAUCAUCGCACCGUUGCUGUGGAUUUCGAGUGGAAGGGCACUCUUGAUGGAAUCAAAGAUGACUACGAGCGCGUCUACUUCAAAAGAUCCAUUCUUUUGCUUGAAAUGGCCUUGGGAUUCUAACAAACAUCCCAAAUCUUCAAGCGUCUGCGACUUUCAAGGACCGUGGCUCUUCAGAUCUAUGCAAACUGUUGGUUCAAUUGCUCUCAGCUCCUUGACUUCAUUUGGUCAAAACUCCAAUUUUAGACCAAAGAAGAAACCUUUAAGUAGUUGUGAGCAAGGAGAAGCAGAGCAGAUGGCUUUUGCAGCUGCUUUAGCUAGCCAGAAAGAAGCUACAGUGCUUCAAUUUUACUCACCCAAAUGCAGACUCUGCAAUUCGUUGCUCAACUUUGUUUUAGAGGUAGAGAAAAGGAAUUCAAACUGGCUCAGCAUUACAAUGGCAGACGCAGAGAAUGAGAAAUGGUUUCCUGAGCUUCUCCACUAUGACAUAAAGUAUGUUCCUUGCUUCGUUUUGUUGGACAAAAAUGGACAAGCUUUGGCCAAAACAGGAGUUCCAACUAGUCGUGCUCACGUCAUUGCCGGUAUCUCUCAUCUUCUCAAGAUGAAGCGCCCACCGUCGGAUUCGGAUUAGUUGGUUGAUUCCACAUUUGGUGCAGACAAGUUUUUGAAAACCCCAAGACUUACAAUUCAAGAAAAGAAGAAAAUCAAGCUACAAGGAAAUUAAGCAACAAAAAAGAGUUUGGACGAGUGCUUUUGAAUCGCUUAAAAUUGUGGACGCAGGGCAACAUUAAUCUUAAAUCAUCUUUUUAAUAGUAUGUAUUAACUUAUUUAGUGCUUUCCCGAGAAAGAAGAACCAAAAAGUGGAUAUUUCAAAUAAAUUCAAAAAUUUCUGCA